AUAAGUACAAAACUAAACCCGAUCACAAGGACACCAUCAUCACCACCAUCUCCUCUCCCCCUUCAUUGCCGAAUCAGAGAGGGAAAGAUGAAGUUGCCUUCCCUUAUAAUCAUCUCCAUGAUCAUCAUCAAUGGAGGUCUGCUGGUGGAUUCUCAGCAGACAACAACUGAUUCUUGCAGCUCAAAUCUCAACCUCAAGGACGUUGGGAUCCUCUUCGACACCACCUCCCUCAACUGCCUCUCCGCCUGGGACUCUCAGAACUUCAUCCUCAGAUACUCACAGGCCUCGGCCGAUGUGUGGAGCUUUGUCCUCUCGGCGCCCACCACAACAGCUUACAUAGCGAUGGGGUUCUCGAGCAAUGGGCAGAUGGUGGGGUCGAGUGCGGUGGUGGGCUGGAUCUCCUCGGGCAGCGCCGCCUCAAUGAAGCAGUACUCCCUCGAGGGGCAGUCCCCAGGCCAGGUGAAGCCAGACCAGGGGACCCUGUCGAUCCUCAGUAACACGUCGACUAUCACUUCCCAGAACAAUCGGACCUUCAUGGCCUUCCAGCUCAACACUGCCCAGCCCCAGUCCAGGCUCAUCUACGCCGUUGGGACCCAGGACUCCGUGCCGCAGGCUCCCGGUUUCACAUUGGCCGAGCACCAGGACAAGGUCUCCACCUCUGUCAAUUAUGUCUCAGGGCAGAGCAAGUCGGGAGGAACCCCACACUCGAGGCUGAGGAAGAGCCACGGGUUGCUGAACAUAAUAAGCUGGGGCAUCCUGGUGAUCAUUGGGGCGAUGGUGGCCCGAUACUUUAGGGAGUGGGACCCGCUUUGGUUCUAUGUACACACUGCCAUUCAGUCGUCCGCUUUCGUUCUCGGGUUGAUCGGCAUCAUAACCGGGUUGGUAUUGGAGGACCGUAUCGGCGCCAACGUAUCGACUCACAAGGGCCUUGGCAUCUUCAUUUUCGUGUUAGGUUGCCUGCAGGUAAUGGCAGUUUUGGCUCGGCCUGACAUAUCAUCGAAGGUUCGGAAAUACUGGAACUGGUACCAUCACAACGUGGGAAGGAUACUCUUCAUUUUCGCGGUGGCCAACAUCUUCUACGGAAUUCAACUGGGCGGGGAGGGAACGGGGUGGAAAGCUGGCUACGGGGUUGUUCUUGCCCUCUUAGUCAUCUCUGGCAUUGCUUUAGAAAUUCGGGUGUUCAUGAGAAAAUAAAUGAUAGCUUUUUUUCCUAUUUAUCUUGCUCUUAACAUAAUUCUUAGAUUUUAUUUUAUUUUAUUUUUCUUGGAGUGGGGUUGCAGUUGGGAAUAAACAGUUAGAAGAAACACACGUUGGGAGAUAUUAAGAUCAUCGUUCAUUUGAGAUUUUCUUUUUAAUUUUUA